UUUGUUUUUCAUCUUCAUCUUCAUCUCUCUCAGAUUUUUAUUCAUUCAGUUGAAUUCUGUUGAGUUAAGAUAACCCACCAUCUCCCACCACCACCAGACACCACACUCACAACACCCACACUCACAUGAUGGUGUCUGCAGUGUUUUCCACCACGAACUCAAUAAAGAGUUUGAAAUUUUCAAUCUCCAACAUUUUAUCACCAGAAUUUGGUAAAAAUAUUGUCACGACUCAUAAUCAUAACUGUACAUCACCAAUUACAAAGUUAAUCGCAUCAACAUUACCACAAUCACCAUCGUCAACAUCAAUUAAAUCAUCUUCAUCUCCAUCACCAACCAAAACAACAAUUAAAACAAAACCAUCACCAGUCAAUUCACCAGAAUUGAGGAAAAAUAUUGUGAAUUCUCAUCAUCAUCAUAAUCAUAAUCAUCAUCAUCACCAUCAUCAUCAGUGUAAAUCAUCAUCUCUAUCAUCAUCUUCAUCUUCAUCCUCAUCGUCUACAAAAUCAUCUUCACCACCAGCACUUUCCUUAACCAAAUCAAGUUCAUCACCUUCAUCACCUUCAUCAAUUAAAUCAUCAUCAUCUUCAAAGUGUAUCAAUACAUUAAUUAAUUUAUCCACAUCUACAACAACUAAUCAUCCUUUUGAUCAAUUAAAUAGUAAAAUAAAUAAUAAAAAACGUUCAUUGGAUUGUGACAGUGAAAGUGACCAACAUUUCAAAAAAAGUCGAACCUCGUUCAAUAAUAAUGAGCGGGAUGAUGAUUCCGUGUGCUCAACCACCUCCGAUGGAUCGAGCCAUCGCCAGGUAACCUCACCCACCUCAGCAAUUGUUAAUAACUCAAAUUACCCUGCAUGGAUUUACUGUACAAGAUACUCGGAUAGACCUUCAUCAGGUAAUGGUCCAAGAUCGAGAAAAUUAAGAAAAAAGGACAAAAAAGCCGAUGAGAAAAGGCCUCGAACAGCGUUCACAGCCGAGCAAUUAGCGCGAUUGAAGCAAGAAUUCAAUGAUAACAAAUAUUUAAAUGAUAAACGUCGUCAAGCAUUGGCACGAGAUCUUAAGCUAAAUGAAUCUCAGAUUAAAAUUUGGUUCCAAAAUAAACGAGCCAAGAUUAAGAAAUCAACCGGCUCACGUAAUCCAUUGGCUCUUCACCUAAUGGCCCAAGGGCUUUAUAAUCAUUCCACCAUGGAAAAGGAGGAUGGAGAAGAAGACGAAGAUGAUGAUAAUGAAGAUGUUGUCGAUGAUGAUGAAGAUUCUCAAGCUUUUUUCCCUUCUUCCUCUUCUUCAACGACGAAAAAAAAUUCUUCAUAUUUGUAACCAUAGAUGAACCAAAUUAAUUUAUUUACCUGUAUUUAAAAAAGAGACUGAGAGAGAGAGAGAGAAAGAUACUGAAUGAAACAAGGAUGAUGAUUAGAUUAAUCUAAUCGUUAAUCCCUUCUAAAUUAUCAUCUGUAAUAUUUGAUUAUCAUCAGGAUUUUAAGUUGAUUACCAAAACUUGAUAUAUUAUUAAGAUAAACUGAUCAGCAGGGAAGCAAAUAACAUUUUGAUUUACCAAGUUUCCAAUGACAAUGUUUACCUUUGUUUGUUUAUUUGUUAACAUGUUAAUAAUAAUAAAGGAUUAUCAUCAUGUAAUCAUGAUGAUGAUGAACUUUUUUUU